UGGCUCCUGCAGGGCUCCGGAGGCUCCUCCUCUGGUGGCGGCACCGCCCCGGGCCCAAGCCUGAGCCCCGGCUCCCUCUCCGCCACCCCGCGAGCCCCCUCAUCCUCCAGCGCCUCAGGGAACAGGAGGCUCCGCUCUCGGAGGCCUGCGAGUGAGUGACCCUCAUCCCCUGUCUCAGCCAGCCUGCCCACCGGCCUGGCCCCUUCCCCCCCCUCUGGCCCAGGCAAUGGCAGCGGCUCCGUCCUCUCCGCAGCAGAUCAGGGACCGGCUGCUGCAGGCCAUCGAUCCCCAAAGCAACAUCCAGAACAUCGUGGUGGUGUUGGAAAUCAUCUCCAGCCUGGAGAAAUACCCCAUUACCAAAGAGGCACUGGAGGAGACGCGACUUGGGAAACUCAUCAAUGACGUCCGCAAGAAGACCAAGAAUGAAGAGCUCGCCAAGCGGGCCAAGAAGCUGCUGCGGAACUGGCAGAAGCUCAUUGAGCCUGUGCACCAGAAUGAGGCAGUGCUGCGGGGGCUGGCAGGUGCCCCUGGCUCUGCUAACGGGGGUGCCCACAACUGCCGGCCAGAGGUGGGGGUGGCCAGCGCACCCAAGAGCAUCCAUGACCUGAAGAACCGCAAUGACAUCCAGAGACUGCCUGGGCUGCGGCUGGACAGGCUGGGCAGUCACAAGCGCCGGGGGGACCAGCGUGACCUUGGCCACCCUGGGCCACCUCCCAAGGUCUCCAAAGUAACUCAUGACUCCCUGGUUCCCAACUCAUCACCUCUCCCCACCAAUGGGAUAGGUGGGAGCCCCGAGAGCUUCCCAGGUCCCCUGGACAGUGGCAGACACGUGGGCCCUGAGGGCAGCUGCCUGGAGCAGGGCGAGAAUGACAAGCACAGCAUCAAGAUCCCCAUCAAUGCUGUGAGGCCGCACACCAGCUCCCCAGGUCUGGGCAAGCCCUCCGGGCCCUGCUUGCAAAGCAAGGCUGCAGUGCGACAGCAGCUGGAAAGGGCGGACCAGACCUCGGGACCUCCCCACCCCAAAGGGCCACCUCGCUGCUCCUUCAGUCCCCGGAACUCACGGCACCAGGGCUCCUUUCCCCAGUCGCUCGAUGUCACGCAGGUGCCAUCACCACUGCCACUUGCCCAGCCAUGCACACGCCCUGUGCGGCGGCUAGAGCUGUUGCCCAGUACUGAGAGCCCAGUGCACUGGCUAGAGCAGCCUGAGGGCCACCAGCGACUGGCAGGGCCGGUCUGCAAGGCAGGGCUGUCGCCAGCUGAGUCCAUCCUACCCCGGGCUGGCUUCUCCCCAGACUCCUCUAGGGCGGACAGUGAUGCAGCCUCCUCUGGUGGUUCAGACAGCAAAAAGAAGAGGAAACAGCCUCGUGACUACACGGUGAACUUGGGCGGCCAAGUGGCCGAGGCAGGCGUCAAGCCUGUGCGGUUAAAAGAGCGGAAGCUCACCUUGGACCCCAUGACAAGACAGAUCAAACCUCUGACCCAGAAAGAGCCAGUGCGGGCCGACAGCCCUGUGCACACGGAGCAACCCAGGACAGGGCUGGACAAACCCGAGGCCAAGACCAGCCUCCAAAGCCCCUUUGAGCAGACGAACCGGAAGGAGCUGUCGCGCAAUGAGAUCAUUCAGUCCUACCUAAGCCCGCAGAGCAGCUUGCUCUCAUCCUCGGGCGCACAAACCCCAGGGGCCCACCACUUCAUGUCUGAGUUCCUGAAACAGGAGGAGAGCACCCAGCGUGGGGCCAGGACGCCACAGGUGCUACUGCCUCCAGGCCCAUCCACUGACCUCCCGGAGCUAAGCCGCCAGGUCACCCAGAACGAUCUGGACAGAAUCCACGCCCACCAGUGGCCAGGGGUGAAUGGGUGUGUGGACACACUGGGUAACUGGUAUGACUGGACGCAGUGCAUAUCGCUUUAUCCGCACGGUGACGGCGGGCGAUUGAACAUGCUGCCUUAUGUUUGCUUAGACUGAUUGGCCCCUCAGCCUCUAAGUGCAUUCCCACCUUGCAGUUAGCAGGAGGGUGGCCAGGCCUGGAAGCCUCGUGGUUUGGAGCCCAGCUGAGGCAGAAGGGAGGGGCGGGAGUCUUAGGUCUCUCUAAGCUCUUCCCUCAAAAUUCUCCUUCUUUUGUGAAAUGCUGCUACCAGUUUACUAACAAAAUUACAAAGGAAGGACCGCGUGGAAGGAAGGCCGGCAAAGUGAGUUCAGAACUCUAUAGCAAACCAGCUAUAAAACGCGUCAGCUCCCCACCCCAGGAGAGGUGCGGACACUUCCCAGCAUCCAUGAGCUGGGACCUCAGUUGCAGGCAGGCACAGAAAACCUGUGGGAGAAGUUACCUUUAACACAGUGACAGAAGCAUGCAUCGCAUCUAUCUGCAUUUUCUGUUCUUUCAUUUGGCCCUGAGUGUUUGAGGCAGUGGGCAACCUCAUGGCCUAUUUGCACCCCAUCCAGCCAGUGUUUCCAUCAUGGUGCCAGAUGUAAUGAGCUGCUGGCAUCAGGUGGCCAGCCUGUUUGACCCACACUCCAUGGGCAUCCACACAUGAGUAUUUCGUUUCAGUUCAAACUCACUUUUUAAAGAAAUGCUGCAAAAAUUUGUUUUCUAGAGUUUAUUCCAUUCCAUUUCACCACCAGCCAAAUAAUGUUCCUUUCUAUUUUUUCAUUUUCCCUUUUCUGCACAUAUCUAGAAAAACUUCACCUUUCUAGAGU